AUGGGAAAGCCCAAGGGAAUUCGUACGGCUCGUAAGCUUAAAAUCCACCGUCAGUCACAGAGAUGGUGCGACAAAGCUUACAAGAAGGCUCAUCUUGGAACUCGAUGGAAGUCCAACCCAUUCGGUGGCGCCUCUCACGCCAAGGGAAUCGUUCUCGAGAAGAUUGGUGUUGAGGCUAAACAGCCUAACUCAGCCAUUCGCAAGUGUGUCCGUGUGCAGCUCAUCAAGAAUGGAAAGAAGAUCACUGCUUUCGUACCUAAUGAUGGUUGCUUGAACUUCGUAGAGGAGAACGACGAGGUGCUCGUAUCUGGUUUCGGACGAUCUGGUCACGCUGUCGGAGAUAUUCCCGGUGUUCGCUUCAAGAUUGUCAAAGUCGCCAACACAUCGCUUUCUGCCCUUUUCAAAGGCAAGAAGGAAAGACCACGUUCUUAA